GUCAAACUAAAUGCUGUUAAUUAUCAGUUUUAUCACCCUGGCAAAAACAAAUUAAUACUAGUCGUUACCCAAAAUUAAAAUCAAUUAUGUAUCAGUCAAAAUUUGUACAUAUAAAGCCAACGGCUACCCCAUGCUCUCUCCUCCUCUCACUCUCUCUCCUUGCUCCAUUUUCGGCGACAAUUUCGUUUAUUUUCGAAUCAACAAAAAUUCUCAAUCCAAAAAAAUUAAAAAUGUAUCAAAUCCUAAUCUGGGUAAAAUAACCUGUUUUUCAAUUGUUCGUUAAUUGACUGACAUCUGGAUAUCUCUGGUUUCCCCCAUUAAUCCCCUCAUUCUCCUUCAUUUUUUCCUCGAUUCUUCCCGUUUUCCCUGGUAAGAAUCCAUUUUCUCUCUCUUCUAGAAAAUUAAUUUCCUCCGCUUUCAAACGCUCAAAUUUUUUUAAUUAAUUCAUUUUUGGCUUGAUUUUUUGUGAUUUGUUGUUAAUUGUCAACUGGGUAUGUCAUAAUUUUUCUGGGUUUGAUUUUAUUAUUAAUUUUUGAUCGAAGAGAAGGGAGAAUAGUUAAGAUUGUAGGUUGGAUUUUUCUGGGUCUAGCAAUUGAGAACUUCAAUUACCUUCCAUCUUAAUCAAUCAAGGUUAUACCUUAUUUUGUUUAUAAAUUUUUUUUUUUUUUAUUUUGGUUUUGCCCUUGUGCGUAAAGAGGCCAUAUAAUAUAUUUCUUCUUAAUCUGUAAAAUGUAAAUUUGAUCAUAGUUUUGUUUGAAGAAUUAGGGUCUUCUUUUUUCAUAUAGGGUAUUUUUUAAUUUAAUUUUGUUUGUUAUAUUGGCCAAUCUUCAAGGAAUUAGGCCAAUUCAAUUGGUUGUUCUAGGCUAGAAUCUUUAAAUGUUGUAAAUAUACUCAUUAAAAGAGAAAAGCUGAAAAAAAAAAAAAAAAAAAAAAGAAAAAAGGUUCUGGGUGUGUAAUUUAAGGACAAUGUCUGCUGGUGCUGGUAUUGCUUUGAGUUCCAUUCACGAAAAUAUGGUGCAUUUCCCAGGUUAUGCUGAUAACCAGGUGGAUUUGCACUCGAACGAGUCAAUUUUAGUAUAUCUUAGUGUUGCCGGAUCUGUGAUUCCUAUUCGGGUUUUGGAAUCCGAUUCGAUUGCAUCUGUUAAACUCAGGAUCCAAACUUGUAAAGGGUUUGUAGUUAAGAAACAAAAACUUGUGUAUGGAGGUAGGGAGUUGGCCCGGAAUGAUUGCCUAGUUAAGGAAUAUGGUGUCACUGGCGGGGAUGUGUUGCAUUUGGUCCUUAAGCUAUCUGAUCUCCUAGCCAUCAUAGUUAGCACUGCUUGUGGGAAGGAGUUCGAGUUGCAAGUCGAUAGGUAUAGAAAUGUUGGGUACCUUAAGCAAAGAAUCUUUAAGGAAGGAAAGGGAUUUGUUGAUGUUAAUGAUCAAGAACUCUUUUGUCAGGGUGAGAGGCUUAAGGAUCAGAGGCUAAUUAAUGAUAUUAGUAAGACCAAUGAUGGUGUUAUCCAUUUGCUGGUUAAGAGAUCAGCCAAAGUUAGGGCUAUUCCGGUUGAAAAAGAUGUUGAACUUUCGGUAGUGGCAUCGGAUAUUAGGCCUAGGGAUAAAAGUGAUGAAUGCAAGAAACCGUCUGUUGAGCUACGUCCUUUAUCUAAGAAGGCGCCUAGUAGAGAUUUUUGGUUAGAACCUGUGAUUGUUAAUCCUAAAAUUGAAUUAACAUCGGCAAUACAGGACUUAAUUAACUCAUCAUUUGAUGGCUUAGAUAAGGGUAAACAACCAAUUAGGUCCACCGAAGGCACUGGAGGAGCCUAUUUCAUGCUAGAUCCCUCAGGUCAGAAGAUUGUAGCUGUGUUCAAGCCCACUGAUGAGGAGCCUAUGGCUGUCAAUAACCCACAAGGCCUUCCCAUCUCAGAAAAUGGUGAAGGGCUGAAAAGGGGAACAAAAGUCGGGGAGGGAGCAUUGAGAGAAGUUGCUGCUUACCUUCUAGAUUAUCCAAAGGAUGGGCCUCGCUCAUCAUCUCGUGAUGUAGUAGGUUUUUCUGGGGUGCCUCCUACUGCAAUGGUCCGGUGUUUGCACAAAGGGUUCAAUCACCCAGAAGGGUUUGAAUGCACAUCGAAUGAUGUGAAGAUUGGAUCUUUGCAAAUGUUCAAGGAGAAUGAUGGUAAUUGCGAGGAUAUUGGUCCUCAAGCUUUCCCUGUGGAAGAAGUUCACAAGAUCAGCGUCCUCGACCUGAGGUUGGCCAAUGCUGACAGGCAUGCUGGGAAUAUUCUUUUCAAGAAAAAUGCCAAAGAUGGUCGAAUUGAGCUUAUCCCAAUUGAUCACGGCUACUGCCUGCCUGACAGUUUUGAGGAUUGCACAUUUGAUUGGCUAUACUGGCCGCAAGCCCGUCAAUCCUUCUCACCGGAGACCAUUAAGUACAUUAAAUCACUUGAUGCUGAACAAGACCUUGCUUUGUUGAAGUUUCAUGGUUGGGAUGUACCUAUUGAGUGUGCUCGUACUCUACGCAUCUCCACGAUGUUGUUGAAGAAAGGAGCAGAGAAAGGCCUGACCCCUUUCGCCAUCGGAAACAUCAUGUGCCGGGAAAAUCUGACCAGGGAAUCUGUUAUUGAAGAAAUUGUUAGCGAAGCUCAGCGACAGUCAAUUCCUGAAAUGAGUGAAGAAGGUUUUCUUGAAACUAUUUCCCAAGUCAUGGAUAUCCGGCUAGCUGAGCUGAAGUAACUAAUGAGAAUGUAUUAUACAGCCAUCUUUACUUAAUACUACAGAGUAUGUAUUAUCAUUGUAUUGUAUGUUAUGUAUAGUUUGAAAGCUGUAGCAGUCCAGUUUUGGAGGGACUGAUUACCCGUGCCUUGUGGAAAUGUUGAUUGUCUUGAGGUUAUUUGUUGCUUCUGGUCUUCGAAGCGAUAAAUUUUAAACUUGUAUCAGAGAACAGAAGAAUGCCAUUAUGAAAUAAGACAACUAUCAGACCAACAUAUAAGGUCUGAUUUCUGUAAUGAAUCGCAGCGGUUUUUGUAUGAAA